AUGAAGUUAAAGGAAGAAAGAAUUGAGGCUGAGAAAAAUCUAGUAAAAAAAGAGGCACAACAACUUGCUCGAAUUUUUGAAACAGUUGGGGCUUUCAAGGUGAAGCGGAAAGGUGGUAAAGGAAGACUAAUUUUUGAAAGUGUUAUAGCUCAAGAUCUUGUUAACAUUAUCAAUGGGCAGCUUCAAAUGGAGGUGGACAAGAGAAUUGUCGAACUUCCAGAUAUACGUGAAACCAGAGAAUAUAUCGCAGAGUUAAAGCUGCAUCCAGAAGUUACAACGAGAAUGAGGUUGAAUGUCUUUGCUAACUAA